CAACGUUUGGGUGACGACCCGCAAGGUGAAAGUGAGUGUGCAGUGUACGAGUAGCGGAAAAACAAACGUUCGCCAACUUCCGGCACUCGGAGCUAUUUUGAAAGCGAAAAGAAAAUAAUGACAGUUAGCUUGGACCGUGCCGGGAGACAGUAUCACCGUACGGUGGGUGUGUGGUUGUGGUCGGUUGGUAUCCUGCUGGCAGGAAGUCAACUACCAGUGGCGGUGGAAACCGGCCCCAGUGUUGCGGUUACUACGCACGCCAAUGUGAUCGUUCCGGCCGGUGGCAGGUUGGUGUCGCUGACGCCGGACGGAACCGGAGACGCGAACAAUGCGUCAAUGCUGCUGCUGGACAACGGCAACGGCACCACCAGCCGGCAGCCGCCCCGGGAAGAGUCGGCAUCGGACGGACUGGAAACGGGCACCGUGCCGGUAAUAGAGCUGAAACGGGGCCAAUGUCGCUGCUGGAAUUCGACCGAGGAAGCCUUGGGUGAGGUGCAGUGCCGUUGCCUCGGACAAUCGAUUGUGCGUGUGCCACAGAAGCUGACCGGCAUGCAGCGGCUGACGCUGGAAAAGGUCGGCAUCAAGCGUUUGCGUACCAACGCGCUGACGGUGUACGCGGACACGUUGCAGGAUCUGUUCUUCAUCUACCUGCGGGAGUUUCAUCGCAUCGAACCGGCCGCCUUCUCCCGGUUGCGCCACCUCCGCACGCUCUACAUUGCACACGCACCGAAGCUCGAAUUUCUGCCCGCGGAUGUGUUCGAAGGCAUUUCGAUGAAGCUGAAAACGCUGAGGAUUAUACACAGCGGACUGCUCGCAGUGCCUGACCUGCGCGUUCUCUCCGACCACAUAAUAAUGCAUAUGGUUGAUUUGGAUGGAAAUCAGAUUCGCGAAAUUUACGAGCGAUCGAUACAACUGAAGACUGACGAGCUAAUUCUCGACAAUAAUGCCCUCACGGAGAUUCACGGAUCGGCAUUCCAUGGUUCGGAAAUAGCUAGGCUGAGCAUUAAAAUGAACUACAAGCUGAAAGAAAUCCACGAAAAAGCAUUCGUAGGAAUAAGUAACAUAAGAGAGCUUGAUCUAUCCGGGACUGCUAUUGAGGAGUUGCCUACCGAAGGUUUGGCAGAGCUGGAAAUACUGCGCAUACAGCACACACACUCACUGAAAACUAUUCCAUCGGUGUACAACUUCAAGAACUUGCGGACCGCCUUCCUGACGCAUUCGUUUCACUGCUGUGCGUUCAAGUUUCCUGCCCGCCACGACCCAGACGCACACGAACGCAAUCUUAAAAAGUUCUACGAAGUGCAGCAUCGGUGCAUCGCGAACGGCUACUCAACGCCCCACUUCAAGUUGGAGGUACCAUCCAGUGCUGAAACGCCACUCGUGCUGGAAGCCGACGGUUCCGACAGUGGAGCGACAGAGCGAAACAGUCGCAGCCGCCGUUCGGUGGACUUUCACAGUUGGUUUGCCCGGCUAACGUCGAGUGGUGAAACUGGUGAGCGGCCGUCUGGUGGUGAAUCACUCCAGAAGGGUAUUGAUCUGUCGGACAAAAGGUUGGGCGAUAUAGUGGAAGAUAAUUAUCUGCUGCCUAUCACCGGGCAUCCGGUGGAUGAAGCGGGCGACCAAACGAUGGGCAGUGGUCUGUACACGGAAAAUCCACUGUUGGGCGAGUUCCACGAGACGGUUGCACAAAUUUCGUCUAUGGAGGCACUGUGUGGCAAUCUGACGCCGAUGAUCUUGGAUGUAAAGUGUUAUCCAAUGCCAGACGCAUUAAACCCAUGCGAGGACGUCAUGGGAUCCCAUUGGUUACGGGGAUCGGUAUGGGUGGUGGUGCUGCUGGCCGUAUUUGGCAACGUGGCAGUUGUUGUGGUGCUGUUCUCCAACCGUAGCGAUCUGACAGUGCCAAAAUUCUUGAUCUGCAAUCUCGCAUUUGCCGACCUGUGCAUGGGUCUGUACCUGCUCUUGAUAGCUUCGAUCGAUGCCCACUCAAUGGGCGAAUACUUCAACUAUGCAUUCGAUUGGCAGUAUGGCGUUGGGUGCAAGGUGGCCGGAUUCCUUACAGUCUUUGCCAGCCACUUGUCAAUCUUCACGCUCACGAUCGUGACGCUCGAGCGUUGGUUUGCGAUCACCCAUGCGAUCUAUCUGAACCGACGGAUCAAACUCUCGGCGGCCAUGUACAUCAUGAUCGUCGGCUGGGUGUACGCAAUCACGAUGGCAUCGAUGCCCCUGUUCGGCAUCAGCAACUACUCGUCCACCUCGAUCUGUUUGCCGAUGGAGGCACGGGACAGCUUGGACAUUGCCUACCUGCUCACGGUGCUGGUCGUGAACGGGUGCGGCUUUGUCGUGAUCGUCGUCUGCUACGCCCAGAUCUAUCUCUCGCUUGGCAAGGAAACACGACAGGCAGCCCGUACGGCACACAGCGGCGAGAUGACAGUGGCGAAAAAGAUGGCCCUCUUGGUGUUUACGAACUUUGCCUGCUGGGCACCGAUUGCGUUCUUCGGACUAACGGCGAUUGCCGGCUAUCCGUUGAUUGGUGUGAGCAAGUCGAAGAUCUUGCUGGUAUUCUUCUAUCCACUCAACUCGUGUGCCAACCCGUACCUUUACGCCAUUUUAACUGUCCAGUAUCGGAAGGAUCUCUUUUCCCUGCUCGCAAACUAUGGUCUCUGCACGCAACGGGCCCAACAGUACAAAAUGACCUAUUCGAUGCCCACCAACACAUUCCAGGUUGCACCGGCACGAGGUUCCGUGAACUACAACAGCAGCAACAACGGAACGGUGACGUCGGCGGCCGGCAUGGCGGCCCUUGCCAGCACCACCAACACGGACACGGUCACCACCACCAUCACGUGCGGCAGUGUGGUGCUGAGCACGAACGGUAAUGCCAAUGGGACGGCCACCGGUGGAGCCGGCAGCGCCAGCAAUGGGACGAACGCGAACGGGACGAACGCCAUUGUGGCCAGCGCUGUGGAGGAUGAAACAUUUCUUUGAGCCGUUGCUGUAGCUGACAAUACCGUACAAACCGGCUCGCGUUCUCAAGAAACGUCGCGAGUUUGUUCUCGUGCUCUCUCACUCUCCUUUUCCCUUUCAGUCGCAUAGAGUUCGCGUGAAAGGAUUAGCAGGAUUAACAUGUGUGCUUCUUAUCCGUGCAAUGCUGAUUGUAUUCGUACCGUGAACCACUGGGCAAUAGUCAAAUACCGAGAUAAACAAUCUUUCCAUGUACGACUAUGUAUGUAUAUGUGUAUGCGUGUGUAUGUGUGUGCGUAUGGAUGUGUAAGCUUGUGUUCCGAACGAUUAUGUGGCAAAAGCAAAAAAAAUGGAUGUAGAUAUGAAUUAAAACAAUCAAACUCAAACAUGUAAACGGAUAUUUUAAAUUGAUCGGAAUGGUAAUUAUUUUUAUACGAAAGGCUGCUACUAAAAAGACAUGCUCAGAAAAUGAGUUAAGCGGAGUGUAGACUAUUAUAGAGACAUGAUCAAAUGUACCAUUCGUGCCAAGUGAGGCGAUAAGAAAUAAAGCACAACAAUUAUCUGUAAAGCAAAUAAUGGCAUCAACAUUGGCAAAUUCACCGCAGAUUCAUGUGUGCUGCUGGAUGGUUUAAAUUUAACAGUAUUACAACAAAACACGUGUGAAAUCGAAAUUGAGCACGUGGUACUUACAAUUUAAGUGCGAUAAUUAAAUUUUACCGUUUUAGUCUAUUGCUUUAGACAUACAAUUCAUGUGUAAAACAAAACAUGUACUGGUAUGAAAAUAUAUUACUAUCGCUUCACUCUGAGACUGAA